AUGUGUCGGAGAAGUGCCAUGCUCUACCGUAUGCUUUCAUGUGCUCUUCUGGCCUUGCUUGCCGCUACCUUGUUCGUGCGGGCCGCCACGAUAAAGAUGCCCGCGAACUCGGAUAUCGCCAAGCGCGACUUGCCCAAGUGGGAUUGGACGAAAGACAAGGUUUACGGCACGAACCUCGGUGGUCUAUUUCUUCUCGAGCGCUGGAUGUAUGAAGACUGGAUGGUCGAAAAAGGUGGUGACGAUGCAUGGGACGAGUACACCAUGUCGAAGAACGUGGGCGAUGGAAUGUAUGACAUUUUGAACGAGCAUUUCGACUCAUGGUUCACGGAAGACGAUAUGGAUACGCUCGCGGAUGCUGGUGUGAAUAUGCUUCGUAUUCCUAUCGGCUACUGGCCGUUUGUCUCUGCCGACGAAGCCGGCGAGCCAUACAAGACCGCUUCGCAUCUCGACAAGCUCUCGCAAAUCAUGAAGUGGUCGCAAGACCGCCACAUGUAUGUGCUUCUGGACCUACACGGCAUGCCUGGCAGCCAGAACAACGACCAGUCGAGUGGCCGCAACCACACGUCCAACGACAACAAGCAAGUCGCCGACUGGUACAGCGAUCACAACCAGCGGUUGUCGCGCAAAGUCGUGCACAAGAUGCUUGAUUGGCUUGACUCCCAACCGAGCAAGUCUGUGGUGGCUGGAAUCACGACUGUGAAUGAGCCCAAGGUGUAUGACAACGGUGACUACCAGGGCAAGCUCUUCGACUUUUACGGCUUUAGCAUAGAUGCACUAAAGCCGCACGGCAUUCCGCUGAUUGCGCACCACGCCUUUGUGAGCAACCCAUACGGCUACUGGCGCGACUUUGCGCAGAAGCAGGAGACCGGCACAUUUGUGCUGGAUGACCAUCCGUACCCUGCGUGGUUCCAGAGCCCUGAGCCUACGGACGAGGGCCAGAUCUUUGGCAGCGUGUGCCGAUUCCGCGACUCCAUGGCCAACUUCCCUGCGCCCGUGCUCAUGGGCGAGUUCUCGGCCAUCUCAGCUCUCGACAAGGACGACUGGGUCGAGCGAUACGUCAAAACCCAGCUCAAGGUCUACGGCUGGUCAGCCGGCUCCAUGUUCUUCAACUUCAAAAUGAAGGAUUCAGGUCGCCGCAUCCUGGGUCUGUCAUCGGAAUCCAACAAGAAGUACUCGAUGCUCAGACUGAUCGAGGACACGAUCCCCAACCGCGAUACGUCCAAGUCUGUCAAGGACUGGACGAACAGCCUCAGUGACGAAUGUGGCGACGACCCGAACAUUCACUGGUAA